CAAAACUACUUGAUGUUUCUGCCUGGGCUUGCUCCGUGUCCUUCUGUUCUCUUCUCUUCCUUUGCUUGCAGUUCUCCCUCACCCACCUCACUUCAGUCCAGCUGAGCACAACCAGGAGAGAAGUGUUUGGUACAUGCACGGGGACUCUAUGAUCAAGCACCGGGCCCAGAAAGCUCCCCCUGGGCAACACAGGCACUGUGAGCAAUGUUUCAGCCGGCACUGCCGCGCACCCAUUGAGGUCUCCGUGUCCUGCAUGGUCAUCAGCUGCCGCCUCCACUGCGGGGCCACCUUCCACAUGUGCAAGGAGGAGGAGCACAAAUUACUCUGCCCCUUGGAGCAGGUGUCCUGCCUCAACUCAGCCUAUGGCUGUCCUUUCUCCAUGGCCCGCUUUAAGCUGGGGAAGCACCUUCAGGUCUGUCCAGCCAGUGUUGUCUGCUGCUCGAUGGAGUGGAACCGCUGGCCAAAUGUGGAUUCAGACACAACCCUGCACAAGAAUAUUAUGAAAGAGGCCUUGAACGAAGAAUGUCUGGACACAGCUUUGGCACUCAGAGACCAGAAGAUACUUUUCAGGACUUUGAAAAUAGCUGAAUUAUUUCCAGAGUGGAGGAAAAAGGAUGAACUGGAGGAACUAAUGGAUCAAGCCAUGGGUGGAGAAGCAGGUGCUGUGGGAGGAGCUGCCUGUGGUUCCCAAGAGGGCAAUAACCAGUUUGAGCUCAGUCAACGUGAGCGGGAAGAUUUGGCAAAGGACAAAGAGGGAAUGGACCUGGGGAGUUACAAAACCUGGGAGAACAUUUUCAGCAAAGAGCUUCUGGCUUGCCAGGUAACAGGCUCAGCAACCAGCACAGGACAAAAGACGGAGGAGGCUUCCAAGAAAACAGCAUCAGCCUCUCAUGCUGCCAGCUCCACAGAAAAGGCAAAGGAAGGACCUGAUGGUGCAGAAGAAGGAAAGGGCCAAAAGUCUGAACAAGUAACACCAAGUAGAGAACUGAAUGGACUGGCUCCCUGGCAAGAAGGGGUCCUGGAAAGGCUGAAGAAGGAAGUCGGUGUAGCUGAUUACAACAUGUAUCUGGUGCAUCACGGGGGAAUGCUCAUCCGCUUUGGCCAGAUGGCUGCUUGCACUCCAAGAGAAAAAGACUUUGUCUAUGGGAACUUGGAAGCCCAGGAGGUGAAGACUGUCUACACCUUCAAAGUGCCAGUUAGUUACUGUGGCAAAAGAGCACGACUAGGAGAUGCACUGGGCCACAAGAUGCCAACUUCAGACAAGUCAGUGGAUACCUCAGAACUGGGAAUAAACAUAGAAGAACUACCUAAGACAAACAUAGUUGAAGCCACACUGCUGUGUGCUCUGGAAAAAGAGCUGAAAGGCCAUGAGAUCUCUGAAGCAAGAGGUAUCGAUGGACUCUUUGUGGAUUUUGCAACACAGACAUACAGCUUUCCUUUGGAGCCCUUCUCCUCCGGUGCAGUUCUAGCAGAUAUUCUGGAUGAAAACAGCCCACCAGAACUGCACAUGGAGCUCUACACUGAAUGUGUAACCAGAAGACACAACAAAAGCAGUUCAGCUUUCACAUUCACUUGCAGUCAUUUCUUUAGGAGGGAUGAGUUCCCAUCCCACUUCAAGAAUGUGCACGCUGAUAUCCAGUCAUGCCUGGAUGGGUGGUUCCAGCAUCGCUGCCCACUGGCCUACUUGGGAUGUCCUUUUGUCCAAAAUCACUUCCGCCCUGAGGGACUUAAGGCCAAGGUUAUUUACAGCAAGCCUCUCAAGACAUUUGCUAUUAAGCCAGAGGUGGACACCAUACUUGCUGAACCGGGAAAGUGCAAUUUCACAGUGGAUAGUCGAGGGAGAAACAAGGACUUGCUGAGCAGCCUCCCAGUGGAAGUGCUCAAGUACAUUGCAGGAUUCCUGGACAGCUUCAGUUUAUCUCAACUAUCACAAGUGUCAGUGCUCAUGAGGGACAUCUGUGCCACUCUUCUUCAAGAGAGGGGAAUGGUCCUGCUGGUCUGGGAGAAAAAAAGAUAUUCCCAUGGUGGUACUUCUUGGAGAGCUCGCAAAAAGAUCUGGCAGUUCAGCAGCCUGUUCUCCAGAGUUCACAACUGGCAGCGCAGUGACGUUCCGAGCAUGUCGGAGCACCUGAGGAAUUGUCCCUUCUACCAGGCAGAGCACAGGACGGACCCCGUGCUGCUGACGGGCAUGACUGAAUCUCGGGAGCAGACUCGAAAGACUUUGGUCUCUACUUUCAAGCACAGAGUCUGAACAGCUUGCUUCCCCUCUGCCAUGCUUCCUUCAGGGCUCCUGAGAUGAAGAUUUGGGGAUUCAGAUGUAAAGAUUGUUGCUUCCAACUCUCCUUUGGACAUACAAAAUUGGCUUCUCCCCAGCUGCGUUUGCAACAUCUGCUUUUUUUUUUCCCCUGCAUUAAUUUCUUAAAACUUCAACCACUGCUUACUAACAUCACACGCUUUCUGUUUAUGUUUCUGUUCCUGGUUUAAUACAGCAUCUUGAAGAAAGCAAUGAGGAUCUUAUUUGAAAACAGCAUUUUUACUUCCUUGAAGGUAGGCUGCUGCUCCUGUACUAUGUGCCUGAGGGAAGCAAGAGCAGUUAAUCUAUUUAGCUCAAAAAAAUUUGAAACACCUUUGUUUUGUCUGGAAAGCCAAGUUCUUGGAGCACAAGUAGAUGUCCUCCUGCCUGGCAGACCUUGGGACUGCUAACCUGCUCUGAGACAUGGGCAAAAGAAAAGGACACCCCAAAAUUACAUGAAUUAAUUAGAACUCCGGUGAGAAUUUGGGAAUUCACUGUGCAGUCACAGACCAUCAUUUAGGACCCUGACUAAAGCAAGCAGGCCUAGCUGAGUGCAAGCCUAAAGCUGAGCUCGUAGGAGCAUUCAAACCAAACCAAAGCAAACAAACUUGCUCAUUGUUAGAAGUAAUUUGAGACUCAAUUGACUUUUUAUAUUUUAAGGUAACAACUUUCUGCAGUUUAUCUGAAAAUUCAUUAAAGCUAUUAAAGAAUAUUUGAAGUCAUUUUUAAAAUGCCUUACCAACUCAGUUUUGCAGUUGUAAAUUGCAAAUUCUAAUUGUAAGCAACUGAAAACAGGAUGUCAAAGAAAUAAUAUUCUUUUCCAUAAAAGAUAAGUAAUUCAGUAGCCCAUUCAGAAAAGUAUGAAGCAAAUGUUUGCUUCAAUUAAAUGGGCUAGAGUAUAGAAUCUUUUUUUUACACAGCAGAAAAGUGAUUAGAAUUUGGUUUAUUUUUUAAUAAAUACACUAACUUCAACCAGAAUGGGCUUGCUGAGGCAACAGAUGAGAGAAAACAGGCAUGUUACCAGCAGUGUCUGUCUCAUUACACUAUUUUGAACGUAUUUCAGUGGUGCUAGUCAGAAAUGCCAUGGAUGUAGUAGUGGGUGAGAUUCCCCUGAAAUGGCCAUAAAUUUAUUUGUCAGCUUGGGACAGUUUCCAGCCCCUGCAGAGCCACAGGGUGCUGACUCAUCCCCUUUCUUUUUGAAGCUCGUGGAGAGAAGUGUGAGCUCAGGACUGAGGUCUGGCUUUCAUCUCUCUGUCUCGGGUAGGAGAACCUUGUUGAGAGCUGGGAUAUUUGCUGGACCACUGCUCUUCUCACCUGGGCUGGCCAGGUGCAAAGUGGCUCUGGUAGAUGGAUGCGUGCCACACUUGCCAUCCUCAGCCUUGUGCAGAAGGAGCCUCUCUUACCCAGAGAGGCUGCUGAAGAACCUGAGCCGAGUGCUUGGUAAUCAAAGGCAUGAAUUGUGUAGUGACCAAAACCCACCCUAAGGACAGCUCAGCCUUGUCUACACUAGCAGCUUAAGUGGGCCCUGUUAGAUUUUUAACCAUAUGAGGAUGUUUUUUGUCUCCAGAUACACACCCUCAGGAGCAUACAGUCUGAGCUGUGAGGACAGUGGAAUGGUCUCGGGAAAAAGAAAAGCAGCAGGUUUUUUUUGUUUGUUUUGUUGUUGUUGUUGUUGUUUGGGUUUUUUUAUGCUACUCUAUUUUUUGCCCCUAGAGAUCCUUCCUGGGAAGUCUCAUAAUGCUCUAGAUAUGAAAAUUAACCCUGCACAUGCAUCCUGCAGAAAACACAAGUAGCAUCCCAGGUUUAUGAAGAGGAAACUGAAGGGGAUGAACACAGGGAACCUAAGCUGGACCAACAGCAGUUAGAACCAGAUUCUCUGAUCCUUCAUCCCUGAGGCUUAAGCCACUGCACAAAAACAAACAGUCCAUCCUUUAAAGCUGCUGAGAAAAACUCACCUGUCCUCAAAACAUUCCAUAUAACAUAAGCUGCCCAAUAUUACCUCCUUGUUUUACCCAGCAAAGUUAACAGAUGUGGAAACAUACAGCCAGAAUUUCUAGACUUUGUAGGUCUCUAGAAUUCCUAGGUCUCUACAUCACGGCCUCAUUCUUCACUUAUCAUGUAUCUGAUUUUGAAAGAUGCUGAGCACCCAACUGUAGCUGCAGACCACAGUAUCUACAAAUGCCCAAAAAAUGGGUGCCAGAUUCUGUGCUGGGUGCUUGAAAAUGGAGCCACUUGUUUUUAUGUAUAAUUUGGGGAGGG